CGCCCCCGCCGCCAUGGCCCGCCUGGCCGACUACUUCGUGCUCGUGGGAUACGACCCCGGCAAACGCGGGAGCGGGGAUGGGCAGGGGCAGAUCCUGCAGCGCUUCCCGGAGAAGGACUGGGAGGACAACCCCUUCCCUCAGGGCAUCGAGCUGUUCUGCCAGCCCAGCGGGUGGCAGCUGUUCCCCGAGAGGAACCCACCCACGUUCUUCGUGGCCGUGCUGACCGACAUCAACUCCGAGCGGCACUACUGUGCCUGCUUCACCUUCUGGGAGGCUGUGGAGAGCCCGCAGCCCCAGAGCCACUCCAGGAAUGGUGAGGGUGAGGAGGAGGAGGAGGAGGCCUCGUCCCCCGUGCAGCCUGCCCAGCUGUUUGCUCCCAAGAGCCUGGUGCUGGUGUCUCGGCUGGACCACGCCGAGGUGUUCCGGAACAGCCUGGGGCUCAUCUACACCAUCUACGUGGACGGGCUGAGCGUGUCCCUGGAGAACGUCAUUGGGAACCUGCUGACCUGCACCAUCCCCAUCACGGGGGGAGCACAGAGGACGAUCUCUCUGGGAGCAGGGGACAGGCAGGUGAUCCAGACCCCCAUCAAUGACUCGCUGCCCGUCAGCAGCUGCAGCGUGGCCCUGCUCUUCCGCCAGCUGGGCAUCACCAACGUGCUGUUCCUGUUCUGUGCUGCCCUGACCGAGCACAAGAUCCUGUUCCUCUCCAGCAGCUACCAGAGGCUGACGGACGCCUGCCGGGCCCUCCUGGCUCUCAUGUUCCCCCUCAAGUACAGGGUCCUGGACCCAGAGCUGGAGGUGGCCGACCUCGCCUUCCCCCCUUCCACCAUUUCUGCCUCUUCCCUCAAGAUGCAGGACAAGGAGAUCCGGGCUGUGUUCCUGCGCCUGUUUGCUCAGCUGCUGCAGGGCUACCGCUGGUGCCUGCACAUCAUCCGCAUCCACCCCGAGCCCGUCAUCCGCUUCCACAAGGCGGCGUUCCUGGGCCAGCGGGGCCUCACCGAGGACGAUUUCCUCACCAAGGUGCUGGAGGGGAUGGCCUUUGCUGGCUUUGUCACCGAGCGCGGGGCUCCCUACCGCCCCAUCGACCUCUUCGACGAGCUCGUGGCCUACGAGGUGAAACGCAUGAAGGCAGAGGAGGGGAACAAGCAGAAAAUCCUGAGGCACAUCAAGGAGCUGGCAGAGAAACUCUACAAAAAUGAGAACCCGUACCCCGCAGUGGCCAUGCACAAGGUGCAGAAGCCCACCGAGGGCUGUCACCUGCGGCUGCACCAGAAGCCCUUCCCUCACCUGGACGAGGGCACGGUGCAGUGGAUCAUCGACCAGGCCACGGCCAAGCUGCAGACGGCCCCGCCCGCCGUCAAGGCCGAGAAGAAGUGCAUGGUGCCCUCGGGACCCCCCAUCGCUGCCAUCCUGGAGCGCAAUGGGAACGCCCUGGCCAACAGUGCCCGGCGCCUGGAGGUGGUCAGGAACUGCAUCUCCUACGUCUUUGAGAACAAAAUGCUGGAGGCCAAAAAGCUGUUCCCAGCUGUGCUGCGUGCCAUGAAGGGCCGGGCAGCCCGGCACUGCCUGACCCAGGAGCUGCACCUGCACGUGCAGCAGAACCGAGCCGUGCUGGACCACCAGCAGUUCGACUUCAUCAUCCGCAUGAUGAACUGCUGCCUCCAGGACUGCACAGCCAUGGAUGAGCACGGCAUCGCCGCCGCCCUGCUGCCGCUGGUCACCGCCUUCUGCAGGAAACUGAGCCCUGGCAUCACCCAGUUCGCCUACAGCUGCGUGCAGGAGCACGUGGUGUGGACCAACAUCCAGUUCUGGGAGGCCAUGUUCUACUGUGAUGUGCAGAACCACAUCCGGGCCCUCUACCUGGACAGUACCGAGGAGAACCACAUGGAGCAGGAGAGCACAGAGGAGCCUCAGGAGGCCAAGUCAGCGCUGGAGAUCGCGUCGGAGCAGCUGCGGCUGUGGCCCACCAUGAGCAGGGAGAAGCAGCAGGAGCUGAUCCAGAAGGAGGAGAGCACGGUGUUCAGCCAGGCCAUCCACUACGCCAACAGGAUGAGCUACCUGCUGCUGCCCCUGGACACCAGCAAGAACCGCCUGCUGCGCAGCUCGGGCCUGGGCGACGUCGAGAGCGUCAGCAACAGCUUCGUCACCAACAGCAUCGCGGGCAGCGUGGCCGAGAGCUACGACACCGAGAGCGGCUUCGAGGACGCCGAGAGCUCGGACGUGGCCAACUCGGUGGUGAGGUUCAUCAACCGCUUCGUGGACAAGGUGUGCACCGAGAGCGGCGUCACCAACGAGCACCUCAAGGGGCUGCACGUCAUGAUCCCGGACAUCGUGCAGAUGCACAUCGAGACCCUGGACGCCGUGCACAGGGAGAGCAAGAGGCUCCCCCCCAUCCAGAAGCCCAAGCUGCUGAGGCCCAGCCUGCUGCUGGGGGAGGAGUGUGUGAUGGAGGGGCUCCGUGUGUACCUGAUGCCCGACGGGCGCGAGGAGGCGGCCGGGGGCAGCGUCGGGGGCCCUGCCCUGCUCCCUGCUGAGGGAGCUGUGUUCCUCACCACCUACAGGAUCAUCUUCAAGGGAACCCCCACUGACCCCCUGGUGGGGGAGCAGGUGGUGAUCCGGUCCUUCCCCAUCGCCUCGCUGACCAAAGAGAAGAAGAUCAGCAUCCAGGCCCAGGCGGAUCAGUUCAUCCAGGAGGGAUUGCAGCUGCGCUCCUGCACGUUCCAGCUGCUGAAGAUCGCCUUUGACGAGGAGGUGGCCUCGGAGAGCGCCGAGAUCUUCCGGAAGCACCUGCACAAGCUGCGCUACCCCCAGCACGUGCGCGGCACCUUCGCCUUCACCGUGGGCCAGUCCCCCAAGCAGGCCAUGCAGCCCAAGGCCAAGGAGAAGAACCCCUCGCUCAGGACGCUGUCCAAGAACCUGGUGAAGAACGCCAAGAGGACGAUCGGCCGGCAGUACGUGACCCGCAAGAAGUACACCCCCCCUGCCUGGGAGCAGCGGGGCAGCCAGCACUUCCCCGAGGACAUCGAGGACGAGAUCUCAGUGUCCGAGGAGCUGGACAGGAGCACGCUGACGCCCAGCAGCACCAUGAGGCCGUCAGAGAAGAUGACCAUGACACACGUGGUGGAGCGUGCCUGCUGCAGGGACUACCAGCGCCUGGGGCUGGGCACGCUGAGCAGCAGCCUGACCCGCUCCAAGAACGAGCCCUUCCGAAUCUCCACCGUCAACCGCAUGUACGCCAUCUGCCGCAGCUACCCCGGGCUGCUGAUCGUGCCGCAGAGCAUCCAGGACAACACGAUCCAGCGGAUCUCUCGCUGCUACCGCCAGAGCCGCUUCCCGGUGGUGUGCUGGCGCAACUCCCGCACCAAGGCCGUGCUCCUGCGCUCCGGGGGCCUCCACGGCAAGGGCGUCGUCGGCCUCUUCAAGUCCCCGAACGCCCCGACCCCAGGCCCCUCGCAGGCAGACUCCACGAGCCUGGAGCAGGAGAAGUACCUGCAGGCCAUCAUCAACUCCAUGCCCCACUACUCGGACGCCGGCGGGCGCAACACCCUGAGCGGCUUCACCUCGGCUCACAUGAGCAGUGCAGAUUUCUCCGACAAGAGGCAGCAGCCUAAGCUGGGAUCGCUCAUGAAGCAGGUGAUGGGAGGGAAGGACGAAGGGCCUGGGACUUUGAGCCGCGGAGGGCUGGGUCACAGAGCCAGGGUCAUCACCCUGUCCUCCCCCAAGUGCGCGUCGCCGAAGGGCCGCGAGACGCCCCGAGGGAAGUGGGGCAGCAUCCGGGCCAGCGGCCGCAUGAGCAGCUACGCCCUGAACGUGGAGAUCGGCUCCAGGCUGGCGGGGAAGGACCUGCUGGGGACACAGCACAACGGGAGCCCCGCAGAGCCCUCCUUCCUGCGGCAGCACCGCGCCUCGCUCUACAUCAUCGGGGACAAAUCCCAGCUGAAGGGUGUGAAGCCAGACCCGCUGCAGCACUGGGAGGUGGUGCCCAUCGAGGUGUUCGACGUGCGCCAGGUCAAGGCCAGCUUCAAGAAGCUGAUGAAGGCCUGCGUGCCCGGCUGCCCCCCCCUGCCCGGCUGUGGGGACUACCUGCGCUCCCUGGAGGAGUCCGAGUGGCUGUCCCAGAUCCACAAGAUCCUGCAGAUCUCGGUGCUGGUGGUGGAGCUGCUGGACACGGGCUCGUCCGUGCUGGUCAGUCUGGAGGACGGCUGGGACAUCACCACGCAGGUGGUGUCCCUGGUGCAGCUCCUGUCCGACCCCUACUACCGGACGCUGGAGGGGUUCCGGCUGCUGGUGGAGAAGGAGUGGCUGUCCUUCGGCCACCGCUUCAGCCACCGCGGCGCCCAGACCCUGGCGGGCCAGAGCAGCGGCUUCGCCCCCAUCUUCCUGCAGUUCCUGGACUGUGUGCACCAGAUCCACCUGCAGUUCCCCAUGGAGUUCGAGUUCAGCCAGUACUACCUGAAGUUCCUCAGCUACCACUACAUUUCCAACCGCUUCCGGACAUUCCUGCUGGACUCGGACUACGAGCGCAUCGAGCUGGGGCUCCUGUACGAGGAGAAGGGCGAGCGGAAGGGCCAGCAGGGCUCCAAGUCCAUCUGGGAUUACAUCGACCGCCUCAACAAGAAAGCUCCCAUCUUCUUCAACUACCUGUACGCACCUGAGGAUGGGGAGGUGCUGAGGCCGUACAGCAACAUCUCCAACCUGAAGGUGUGGGAUUAUUACACGGAGGAGACGCUGUCCGAGGGCCCCUCGUACGACUGGGAGCUGGCGCAGGGGCAGCCGGAGCCGCCGGAGGAGCCGGAUCGCCAGGACACGGCGGCCCCGCAGAGCAAGCGCCGCAUCAUCUGGCCCUGCUAUGACAACCGCAGCCGCGUGGAGCCCGACGCCAUCUCCAAACUGCUCGAGGAGCUGCAGAACCUGGAGAUGGAGCUGGGGCAGAUCCCGGAGCGCUGGAAGGACACGUGGGACAAGGUGAAAGCGUCCCAGCGCACGGAGGGGCGGCAGGAGGGCAGCAGGACCCCCAGCUCCCUGCUGAUGUCGUCGGGGCUGUCGCACCACCGGCGCUCGCUGGGCGUGUACCUGCAGGAGAGCGGGGUGGGCUCCACGCUCAACCUCAGCCUGGACAGCGACACCAGCAGCACCUCCACCCCGUCCAGCGGGAAGCCGGGCGGCCGCCGCAGCACCUCCACCCUCUACAGCCAGUUCCAGACGUCCGAGAGCGAGAACAGAUCCUACGAGGGCUCUCUGUACAAGAAAGGCGCCUUCAUGAAACCCUGGAAGUCUCGGUGGUUUGUGCUGGAUAAAACCAAACAUCAGCUGCGGUACUACGACAGCCGGAUGGACACGGAGUGCAAGGGGGUCAUCGACCUGGCCGAGGUGGAGUCCAUCACGCCGGGGACCCCCACCAUGGGGGCCCCCAAGACGGUGGACGAGAAAGCUUUCUUCGACCUGAAGACGACGAAACGAGUUUACAAUUUCUGCGCCCAGGACGUGCAGCUGGCCCAGCAAUGGAUCGACCGCAUCCAGAGCUGCCUGUCGGACGCGUGAGCCCGGCUCAGCGGAGCCGCAAUUCCAGGCACGGCUGCCGGGCCCGCAGCGGGAGCAGAGGCAGCGCCAGGCUC